AUGCAACUCGUUUUAUCGAGCCUGCCAUGGGGUUUGCUAUUGGAUGGAAUUAUUUCAUGCAAUUUUACGUAUUGCUUCCUUUGGAGUUGGUGGCCGCAUCUAUUUCCAUCAAAUACUGGAACAGCACAUUUGAACCCAGACAUUUUUGUGGGAAUAUUCUGGGUCACUGUAUUUUUCAUCACUAUGUUGGGUGUUCGUUGGUAUGGUGAAGCCGAGUUUAUGUUUUGUUUGAUCAAGGUGAUCACUGUUGUGGGCUUCAUUAUUCUCGGCAUCGUUUUGAUUUGCGGAGGCGGUCCCAACGGCCAGUUCAUUGGCGGAAAAUACUGGAGGAACCCAGGUCCGUUCGCUAAUGGAUUCAAAGGUGUGUGUUCUGUCUUUGUCACUGCUACAUUCUCCUUUGGUGGCACAGAAAUGAUUGGUUUGGGUGCAGCUGAGGCUCUCAAUCCUGUAAAGGCUGUCCCUAAAGCCAUCAAACAAGUCUUCAUCCGUAUUGCCUUGUUCUAUUUCGGUACCAUCACCAUCGUGGCCACUUUGGUUGCCUACAAUGAUGAUCGUCUUUUAGGUGCUUCUUCUGUGGAUGCCACAGCCUCGCCUUUCGUUAUUGCCAUUGUCAACGGAGGUAUCAAGGGCUUGCCAAGUGUGAUCAACGCAGUGAUUUUGAUUGCUGUAUUGUCUGUGGGAAAUGCCUCCGUCUACGCCUGUUCUCGUUCCCUCAAUUCCCUUGCCGAACAAGGCAUGGCACCAAAAUGGACAGGGUAUGUCGAUCGUUUGGGACGGCCAUUGUUUGCUAUUAUCUUCACCAACAUUUUUGGCCUUUUUGCAUUCAUUGCCGCAUCUGACAAGCAAGUUGAAGCCUUCAACUGGCUUCUUGCGCUCAGUGGUCUUUCUUCCAUUUUCACUUGGAUGUCUAUUAAUUUUGCCCACAUUAGAUUCCGUGCAGCCAUGAAGGCGCAAGACCGGUCUUUAGAUGAAUUGGCAUUCAAAUCAACCAUUGGCAUCUGGGGAUCGUGGUACGCCAUGUUCAUUUACUUUUUGGUGUUGAUUGCUCAAUUUUGGCUUUCCGCUUUUCCCCUUGGAGCAGAGUCAAGCGCAUCAGCCUUUUUCCAAGGCUAUUUGGGUGUCCCUAUUGUGUUGGCCAGCUGGAUUGGUUACAAAAUUUACACUAAAUCGUGGAGAAUUAUCAUUGACGCCAAGGAGAUUGAUUUGGAUACGGGUCGUCUUAUCCCAGACAUGGAUCUCAUCAGACAAGAAAGAGAAGAAGAAAAAGCUAGAUUGGCUUCUAUGCCCUGGUACCGCAGGGUACUUGCCAUCUUUUGA